CCGGGGCCCCUCCCACUGCCACUCCAGAUAAGGCCAGCCCAAGACUGCUUCACUGGGCAGUAGGCACUAGGGCUGGAAUGGGGCUGCCUGGUUCCCCAUGGCAGUGGGUGCUGCUGCUGGGGCUGCUAUUCCCCCCUGCCGCCUCCUUCUGGCUCCUCAAUGUGCUGUUCCCCCCGCAAACCACGCCCAAGGCUGAGCUCAGUAACCACACACGGCCCAUCAUCCUCGUGCCUGGCUGCCUGGGGAAUCAGCUGGAAGCCAAACUGGAUAAACCAGAUGUGGUGAACUGGAUGUGCUACCGCAAAACAGAGGACUUCUUCACCAUCUUUCUGGAUAUCACUAUGUUCCUACCCCUUGGAGUAGACUGCUGGAUCGAUAACACCAGGGUUGUCUACAACCGCAGCUCUGGGCGUGUGUCCAAUGCCCCCGGUGUACAGAUCCGUGUCCCUGGCUUUGGCAAGACCUACUCUGUUGAGUACCUGGACAAAAACAAGCUGGCAGGUUACAUGAACACCCUGGUGCAGAAUCUGGUCAACAAUGGCUACGUGCGGGAUGAGACAGUGCGGGCUGCCCCCUAUGACUGGCGCCUGGAGCCCAACCAGCAGGAGGAGUACCACCAGAAGCUCUCUGGGCUGGUGGAAGAGAUGUAUGCUACUUAUGGGAAGCCUGUCUUCCUCAUUGGGCACAGUCUUGGCUGCCUGCACCUGCUCUAUUUCUUGCUGCGCCAACCCCAGUCUUGGAAGGAUCGCUUCAUUGAUGGCUUCAUCUCUCUUGGGGCUCCCUGGGGUGGCUCCAUCAAGCCCAUGCUGGUCUUGGCCUCAGGUGACAACCAGGGCAUCCCAAUAAUGUCCAGCAUCAGGCUGAAACAGAAGCAGCGCAUAACAACAACGUCCCCCUGGAUGUUUCCUGACUACCGGGUAUGGCCUGAGGACCAUGUGUUCAUUUCCACACCCAGCUUCAACUACACAGGCCGUGACUUCCAGCGCUUCUUUGAAGACCUGUACUUUGAAGACGGCUGGUACAUGUGGCUACAGUCACGUAGCCUGCUGGCAGGACUCCCAGCACCUGGUGUAGAAGUGUAUUGUCUGUAUGGCGUGGGUCUGCCCACGCCUCAUACCUACAUCUUUGACCAUGGCUUCCCCUACACAGACCCCGUGAGCAUGCUCCAUGAGGAUGGCGAUGACACUGUGGCCACACGCAGCAGUGAGCUCUGUGCCCAAUGGAAGGGCCUCCAGCCACAGCCUGUGCACCUGCUCCCUCUGAACGGGACAGACCACCUCAACAUGGUCUUCAGCAAUCAGACACUAGAGCACAUCAAUGCCAUCCUGCUGGGUACCUACCGACAUAGCACCUCUGUACCCACAGCUGCCAGCUCAGGGACCCCGCCCCCUGAAUAAAGAUCAUCCUUUGCUGCUGUAA